AUGCAGUUACCCAUAUACGUGGUGGAAUGGAAGCGCAUUGCUUCUGUUGAUAAAGUAAGGCUAUAUAGGAUUUGGGUUCCUGUUCUUGGAUUGCCAAAUUUCCUGAAAGUUCUAUGUCUCAUUUACAAGCAACUGGGUCUGAUCAUUGCCAGCUUCUUUUCCGAGUUGCUAAAGUGGGGGAAGGUAUACGUUUGUUAUCCAGACCUACGAAGAGAUUUUGGUUCGAAGCUAUGUGGCUUACAAAUCCAAGUUGCGUUGAUGUUAUUCGAUUCUCUUGGCAAGAUGUUCGAUCUCCAUUAA